GCGAAUGCCGUUGGAAAUUAUGGCGCACAAGUUGGUUUCUACGUAUGAUUAGAGUUUCUGGAAAUAAAUUUUCCUCUAAAUAUUGUUCCCAACCAAGCUUAGUGGAUAUGCUCUAUAUAAACUACCAAAGCACCACAGGUUGAAGACGUAGGACGCGCGAGUCUGGACAGCUGACAUCUAUUGUAAUCUAAGACAUAUUAGCAAUUCCAUUAGUAACCGUUGGAUACCAUUCAGUGGCGAAGAUGAAUCCGGUAUAAAAUCGAUGAGGCAUACACCAAUCUGGCUAGUUCAUUGACAAUGAAGCUAAUGUUCCUACUAAUAUGUGCCACAUACUGGCUGACGAUUCAAGUGCAUGGAAAAAUCAAGUUCGGCGCCUCGCCUUUGUUCGAGAACGUCUUCCUAUCAUCAGAUUUCGAUCAGAAAAACCUGGCAGGAUUAACGGAAUCGGAAUCGCUCAACUGUUUCCCACCAGCGGAUCGUCAUCACCGAUAUGAAUGGGCCGGUGGAUUCAAUCAAAAUCACAUUUUGGAUGAGCUGGAGAAACCUCCGGAAGAAACAAACGACGGAAGUGGUUCAGAGAGUGAAGCUUUUGACGAGGACCGUCUGAAGAAACGAAACGAUAAGCAUGGUGAUUUAGCAUCGGAUUUAUUCUCUCAAUACCCGUCGUCGUGUGCCUGUCAAACUAAGGUGUGUGAUUAGUGUAGUGAUUUGACUUCCAA